AUGGAAAAUACACCACACCCUCCGUUUAGGUCUUUUUCCUCGGCCUCCUCGGCUUCGCUCAACCUGAGCUCCACAAAUAUCACCAGAGUGCCGUCGGGCCCGCUUCUAACGCUCAAUCUGGCCCUCAAUCGUACCUCGUCCGCUCAGGAUCACAUGUACCAUAAAGCCAAGGUCAUGUUGAAAGCUUUGGCUCAGGUUGAAGGCAUGACUCCGUACCUCAAUGCGGCGUAUACUGCUGCCGAACGGUGUGCUGAACAACAGGCGUUGGCGUUGCCUCAGCAGCUUCAGACAGACGGUUCGUCUGCCAACGCGUUCCGGGCGUCGGUGGGCUCUGGCGGGUUUUCCAUCCACCUGGGCCAGUCGUCUGCGUCUCAGAACGUGAAGAACAUCGAAAAGAAUUGCAUUUUUACCUUUACAGCAGGCAUCCUACCUGCCAGUUUGAGCACCGAUCCGGUUACUGAGUUGUGGAAGUUGUUGCAACAAGGUGUCCCUUUAUGUCUCCUUUUCAACGCUGCAUGCCCAGAUACAAAGAAAAUUGAAAUUGAUCCUUCCGAUGAUUUGAACACCUCCAAGAAGAAUGUCUAUCUUUUCCUUUGCGAGUACCAGAAACACCCUAGCUUUAGCAGCGACAACAUGUUCACUAUCUCCGACGUCUACCUGGAUAGCUCCCAUGACCUUUUGAAGGUGAUGAAGGUUGUCAGCACCGUGUUGGAUAAGCUUGGGCCUCAGACUCCCGAAGAAAACAGUAUUCCUGAUAUUGGCGAAUUGAAGCUCACCGAUGAUAAAUCGAAGGUGUUUAGAGAGUUGAUCCAAACGGAAAGAAAAUACUUGGCUGAUCUAGAGCUCCUUCUAGCGUAUAAGCAAGAAUUGUCCAAUGCCGAUGCCAUCUCCAGUGAACAACUACAUUUGUUAUUCCCCAACUUGAACGAAAUCGUCGACUUCCACAGAAGGCUUUUGAAUGGUUUCGAGUGCAACACCAAUGUCCCUACCAAGUACCAGCGUAUUGGCUCCGUUUUUUUGCAUGCAUCAAAUGGUCCGUUCAAGGCCUACGAGCCAUGGACCAUUGGCCAGAUCUCUGCCAUCGAACUCAUCAAUCGUGAAGCUCCCAACCUUCGAAAAGCCUCCUCCAUACUUGAUCCAGGCUUCGAGUUGCAAUCCUACAUCAUCAAACCCAUCCAGAGACUCUGUAAAUAUCCUCUCUUGAUCAAGGAGCUCAUCAAGGCAUACAGCGAUUGUGCUGACACUGAAUGUUACUACGAGCUACAAAGGGCAAGUGUGGCAAUGAAAGAUGUUGCCAAUCAGGUCAAUGAAGCCCAAAGACGUGCAGAAAACGUGGGCUUCUGCCAAAGUCUCAUGGAACGAGUGAACAAUUGGCGUGGAUUUUCCAUCAAAGAUCAGGGCGAACUUUUAUACCACGCCGCAGUUGCCGUGAAGGAUGGUGAUAACGAAAAAGAAUAUAUUGCUUGCUUGUUCGAGCAGAUCCUUUUCUUCUUCAGUGAAGUUCCUUCCCAUGAAUCCAAACACAAGGAAAAGAAAAUGAGAGAAUUCCUUACACUGAGAAAGAAGAGCAGCAGUGGAAUGUCGAGUUCUACCGCCAAUCUUCUUGAAAACCUCAACAGUGUAAAAGACAAAACAUCUCUUGAAUUGAAGGGAAGAGUCUACGUUUCUGAAAUCUAUAUCAUCAACUCGCUUAACUUGCCUGGGUACUGGCUACUGAUCUCUUGGACGGGUAAGAAAGGAAGCGGCGUUUUCAAGUUGCGGUACAAGACCGAAGAGGUUAGAUCACAAUGGGAAGCAUGUUUGAGACAGCUUAAACAGAAUGAAAUCGAUGCCCGCCAUAGACGCAGCCGUGACUCCAGAGGUUCAUUGACUGCUUACGAAAGCCAUGAAUAUCCUCAUAAUGACCUGCCAGUGUCACAUCCUACUCGUGUGGACGGUACGCCAUCUACGCAAAGACAUCACUCGUCGUCGUCGACCAUGAGCAUGAUGAAACUGAGCAAAAACCAGCCUAAUUCGUCAAGAGUGUCGAGCUCGUCAACGAAUGGGCACCAGAUGCACAAUGAACCUGUUCUGCCAGGAUCAAUUGUGGCGAUCAACUUGAUCUACAAAAAGUCUAGAAUAGAGCAGCCUCUAUUGAUCUCGAGCGGGGCACUGUUCUUCGAGCUCCAUCUGCGGAUCUCUGCGCACAUUGCGCUGAGUGCAACCGUGGACGAUGAUGUUGUCAUUAGCAAGCUCAAAUAUAAAGACGAGGACGGCGACUACGUUGUGAUGGAUUCCAACGACGACUGGUCCUUAGCGGUAGACAUGCUCGAGGAGCUUUUCGAGGCGGACGAAACAGCAGAGCGGGCAUUAACGAUUUGGGUAUCGUAA